UCAGACGUCAUAUCCGCUCUGUCUCGUUGUGUUGUUGUGUCUUGAGGUGCCGGUGCCGGCUCUUUCAUGAAAGUGACUCUUGUGGGUGUUUAGGAGUCCGGCUCUGAUGGUGUAGAGAGUCCGUCACAGGACAUCCGUUGACAUGUCCGGGAUUCCCGGUUCCAAGGCGAUGACCCUAUCUUUGAUCAUCAAAUGGGGCGGCCAGGAGUUCCCGUUGUCUGCCCUGUCUGAGGAGGACACGGUGAUGGAUCUCAAGCAUUCCCUGAAGAGCCUCACCGGGGUCCUGCCGGAGCGCCAGAAACUGCUGGGUCUCAAAUACAAGGGUAAACCGGUAGACAACAGCAUGAAACUGGGGGUCCUGAAGUUGAAGCCAAAUACGAAAAUUAUGAUGAUGGGAACCCGGGAAGAGAGUCUGGAAGAUGUGCUGGCUCCACCACCGGACAACGACGAUGUGGUGAAUGACUUUGACAUCGAAGACGAGGUGGUGGAAGUGGAAAAUCGAGAAGAAAAUCUUGCAAAGAUUUCGCGUCGUGUCAAAGACUACAAGGUAGAGAUCCUAAAUCCACCGAGAGAAGAGAAAAAGCUGCUGGUCCUAGACGUUGACUACACGUUGUUUGACCACCGGUCAUGUGCAGAAACAGGACUGGAGCUUAUGAGGCCGUACCUGCAUGAAUUUCUUACCUCUGCUUAUGAAGAUUAUGAUAUUGUAAUAUGGUCGGCAACAAGCAUGAAAUGGAUAGAAGCCAAAAUGAAGGAGUUGGGUGUCAGCACAAAUGCCAAUUACAAGAUCACUUUCAUAUUGGACAGUGCAGCCAUGAUCACAGUGCACACACCCAGAAGAGGCCUCAUUGAUGUGAAGCCUCUUGGGGUGAUAUGGGGCAAAUAUGGUGAGUUCUAUAGUAAGAAGAAUACCAUAAUGUUUGAUGAUAUCGGUCGGAAUUUCCUGAUGAAUCCACAGAAUGGUUUAAAGAUCAGGCCUUUCAUGAAAGCACAUUUGAAUCGGGAUAAAGAUAAAGAACUUUUGAAGCUAUCUCAGUACCUUAAAGAAAUUGCUAAACUAGAUGACCUUUCAGAGCUUAACCAUAAACACUGGGAAAGAUAUCUCUCCAAAAAACAAGGCGAAUAACAGAUCAUCUUAGAUGAAGACCAUCACAUCAUUUAUUUCGGGAAGGGGCGGCAUGGACAAGUUGCGGAGUUCAAACUUGAAUGUUUCAUGUUGAGUCAUUUAUCUUUUUUUUUUUUUUCCCCCUAGUUACUAGCAGCUAAGUACCCACACACUUAUUUUGACAGGUUCGCUCUGCUUUGCGAAUAAUGAGAGUAUUCAGAUACUGUGCCACAGUACUUUCUGCUUAUGAUCAACUUUUGAUAAAAAUUAUGAUUUUUAUUUAUAUUUUUUAUACUGACUGCUCAGUACAUGGAAUCCUUUUUGUCUGUGGCUUCUGUAAUUUUGUUUUCUCUACAAAUAGUUGCUUUUGAGUUGCAGAUCAGAGCAGCUUUAUAUGAUUUACCAAACAUUGAGGAUAAGAAAGAUAUGGCAAUGAAAAUAUCAAUAAAAUAAAACAUGGCCUU